AUGGAAAAGACCAAGCAAACCGCGCGUCUGAGUACGGGCGGUAAGGCUCCGCGGAAGCAGCUAGCCUCGAAGGCGGCUCGGAUUUCGCGUGCUGAUCAAGAUGCCCAGGAAACUAUGAUGUGGAAAUUAUCGAAUCAAAAAGACAUCAAGAAGCUGUUUAAAACCACAGGAGGCUCUCACCGAUACCCGUACCAUGUUUGGGUCUUGUUGCAGCUGAGAAAGUAUGACCUCGACUGGCACGAGAUGUUUCGUCGCUUUGGACUACAGAUCCCGGUCCAUUUGGACGCGAGAGGAGACCGCGGAGUUCUUAUUGACGAGCCCUCCCGGGUGGGUCUGACGGAGUCACUUGACGAUCAUCGCACCUAUGAUAGGGUUGGAAUGAAGGCGUGGGACAUCGAGUCUAUCUGCUUCGAGGACGGUAAAUAUGUCGCCGUCAGCCAACAGGACAAGUCGAAGCAUGUCAUUCUUCUAUACACGCUUCAAGUAUGUAGUGGUGCUCGAACCUUCGAACAUGUUAUCACCGAUGAAAAGUUCUACGUCAAUGGCCACGAUCGAAUUUCAGCCUAUGUUCUCGUCGAUGCGUGGUGUCAGAAUCAUCCAGGACGUUGGUUAGCGAUGUCUGUGUCUGGUGCACGACCAGCGAGUUCUUCCGCAUCCUUGUUCCAUUUACCUCGCUUGCGUGGAACUCCAUAUCAGGACAAUACGAAUCUUUGCAUUCCGGCGGCCAUUUGCAACUCCGUACAUCUUUAUGGUGCUCCCCGGUUAGCUUCCAACUAUUGGGGGCACUUUAAAGACAACGCCGCCUUGUUUGGGCGGCAUGACAGGCUUCCUCGCCGUAUUCGAAAUCUGAGGGAUGCCAAUAAGCAUCCCAAGCAAAACGAGGUGGUUCUCAAGCAUCUGUUCGGAACGAUACCGACUCUAGACAGACUGUUGAGUAUCUGGUCAUGA